AUGUCUCUCAGCUGUAUUACACCCUUCUUACAAGUGCGGGGAUCAAAACCAGGCAAAAAUGUUCAACUUCAAGAGAAUGAAAUUAGAGGAUUGUGCUUGAAAUCCAGAGAAAUCUUUCUGAGUCAGCCUAUUCUGCUAGAACUUGAAGCUCCACUGAAAAUCUGUGGUGACAUCCAUGGACAGUACUAUGACUUGCUUCGACUCUUCGAAUAUGGAGGGUUUCCACCAGAAAGCAACUACCUGUUCCUUGGUGACUAUGUUGACAGAGGAAAACAGUCUUUAGAAACAAUUUGUCUUCUAUUGGCCUACAAAAUUAAAUACCCUGAGAAUUUUUUCCUCCUCAGAGGGAACCAUGAAUGUGCCAGCAUCAACAGAAUUUAUGGGUUUUAUGAUGAAUGUAAGAGAAGAUAUAACAUCAAGCUGUGGAAAACCUUCACAGACUGUUUUAACUGCUUACCAAUUGCAGCCAUUGUGGAUGAGAAGAUAUUCUGCUGUCAUGGGGGCUUGUCACCAGACCUGCAGUCGAUGGAGCAGAUCAGGCGAAUCAUGCGCCCCACGGAUGUACCAGAUCAAGGUCUGCUCUGUGACCUCCUGUGGUCUGACCCUGACAAGGAUGUCCUGGGCUGGGGUGAAAACGACAGAGGAGUGUCCUUCACGUUUGGUGCUGAAGUGGUUGCUAAGUUUCUCCAUAAACAUGAUUUGGAUCUCAUAUGUAGAGCUCAUCAGGUUGUUGAAGAUGGAUACGAGUUUUUUGCAAAAAGGCAGUUGGUAACUCUCUUCUCUGCCCCAAAUUACUGUGGAGAAUUUGAUAACGCGGGUGCCAUGAUGAGUGUGGAUGAGACUCUAAUGUGCUCUUUUCAGAUUUUGAAACCUGCAGAGAAGAAGAAGCCCAAUUCCAGCAGACCUGUAACACCUCCCAGGGGUAUGAUCACAAAACAAGCCAAGAAAUAGUCACCCUGGCGCCGCCUUGAUGGGACUUGUAUUAUAGUCUGUAACCUCCAUUUUUAAACCUGUCGUGUACUGUUCAGCUUGCUCAAAAUAGAUAAACGUGUUUGUGGUUUUCCUUU